AUUGUUAGAUAUCGUCAAUGCUUUCGAGGAAGUUAUGUUGUUGAUUGCUUUGGAGUCACACGAAAUCCAGCUGAUCCAACUGAUUGCUAUAUGUUCGUAAUGAGGCUUUGCGAAGAUAAUUUAUACCAAUACAUUGAUAGAGUUAGGGGAAAUAUUCUCUGGGGAGAGAUUGUUGAAAUUCUUCGUGAAAUUAUUGAUGCUUCCGAAUUAAGCGAUAUUUUUCAUAACAAUCCUAUCUCAAAUUUAUUAAACAAUACUAAUAACAAUAGGGUUAUAUAUGAUAAUGGCAUAUUACUUGAAGGAGUGUAUAGUAAUGGGUUGAUUUCUUCUUCAAUAAACCCUUGGUCACUUACAUUCCAUAAAUUCUUAACCCUGGAUUAG